AUGGUUCGACAUAACGAUCAUUUUGAUGAUGAAAAUUACUAUGAUCCAGCACCAUUGCGACCGGUGUCAUCAGUGAAUGAUCUGAAUGAAAUGCUCUAUGAUAUUUCUGGCAUUGAUCAACCACGACGUUUGUCUGAAUACGAUUUUCGGAGUGUUACAGGUGAAACCAGCCGGCAAUCGCAGGAUUUUUUCCCUGAUAUAUUUGGCAGUCUGUUCAGAGUUUUUUCGGCGAAAUAA